ACAGACAGACAAGAGACCAGAGUCAGACACUGGGUGGCUUCGCAGCACAGGAGGGGAGAUAAAAAAACCCCAAAAAAAACCCUCUCCUCCCGCCGCUGAGAAAUCAACAGCGACCAGAGACGUGAAGUCGACGCGAUGCCAAACACGAAAUGCUACAGUUGAGUUUGAGGAGACGGCUACCAAUAAGGAAGAGGCUCCAGAAAGUAAGGAGCGCGUGAGCAGUGACAGCUGGAUACAUAAAGCGAGGGAUUAGAGGUCCGCACGUGGGGGGAAAGGACAGGGAGACUCGCUUCAACACGUCAGAUUGGACCCCUCCAUCUAGUCGUUUUUUCAUCUGUUUAUUUCUGCCUGUGUCGGAGAUGAGUGCCAAGUCAGCCAUCAACAAGGAGCUCUUCACACCCCACGAUGAGAAGAUGCUUGCUGGCGUACAGGUGAAGAGGAGGACAAAGAAGAAGAUACCUUUCCUGGCCACUGGUGGGCAGGGAGAUUACAUGACUUUCAUUUGCCUCUCAGUGACAAACAAGAAACCGUCCCAUGUAUCCCUCACUAAAGUGAAGCAGUUCCAAGGAUCGUCUGCCUUUGUCAAAAGAUCACAGUGGACAAUUGAUCAACUACGGCAGGUUAAUGGCAUCGACUCCAGCAAAGAUUGUCCAGAAUUUGACCUGGUGUUUGACAAUGGUUUGGAUCAGUGGGUUGCCAGUUCAGCAGGAGAGAAGUGCACCUUCAUCCAAAUUCUUCAUCACACCUGCCAACGCUACUGCUCAGCACGGAAACCCGAGUUCAUCAACUGUCAGUCAAAGCUCCUUGGUGAAGGCUUAGAUACAGUCAUUUACCACUGCAAGGUCUAUUUCAACAGAAUGAGGACAGACUUAGGGCCACAUCGUGGUCCUCCUCAAAAACAAGGUAACAGUAUACUACACUCAGCUGCAGACAGUGUGACCAGUGCUGUACAGAAGGCCAGCCAGGCUCUGAAUGAGCGCGGUGAGCGAUUAGGUCGGGCAGAGGAGAGGACUGCAGACAUGAUGAACAGUGCUGAACAGUUUGCUGUCACAGCACACAAGCUUGCCAUGAAGCACAAAUGUUAGGACCACUGCCAAAACCACCUGCACUGGAGGUGUGAGCACAGACCAGUCGUUGCACGGGAGAGGGAUUCCAGCAUUAAUCCUUUUUACAUUUUUUAAAUAUAAUUAAUCAUUUUUACCAAUGUUAACAUUUUACUAUUUUGGGUUAUCAUACUAUGGUGUAGUUAAUUUCUAUUAACGGAGUUGCAGCACAUGGAGUGACUUGCAAAAGUACUUGUACCUCUUGAGCAGUUUGCUUCAUGUUCUGUCACAUCAAAAUCACAAACUUUUGUCUAAUUUAUGAGAGUCUUAUGAUAACCAACACAAAGUAGUGCAUCAUUUUUAAGUAGAGGAUGGGGUUUGAUGUCUGUUUUGGAUUUAAACCUGGACUUUCACCAGACCGUUCUAACACCCAUCCAUUUCACUGCUGUUCUGCAUGCGUGUUUUUUCCUCCAUGUUUUUCCUGUAUUGUUUGAUCCUCUUAUGACCUUCUGCUUGUCACUCGUCCUUAAAGGCCAGAUUCAUGGCCGACUAAUAGUUGUCUUGUCUGCAGAUCCCACUUGAACAGUCCUUCAUAAGACGUUCAAAGUUCAGAAUGGUCUUUAAAAAACUAACUUUAUGUUCUUAUAUACCUGUUCUGUCUAUUGUCAGCAGAUUCCAAUUGAACAGUCAUUUAUGAGAUGUUCAAAGUUCAGGAUAGUGUUUUAAAAAAACUAACAUUAUAUUUUGUACCUCCUCUGUCUAUUGUUAUUGUUCGUCUUCAUAAUGAUCUUUGUUCAUCAUGUUAAUUUCUAUGAUGCUUUUGCAAAGCAACGGAGGAUAACUAACACAUUAACCAAUUAGGUGCUUUCUGACAGCAAUUGAUUGCACUGAAAUAUACAGAAUAUAGUUGCAUUACGAAAGUGGGUUGAAUAGAGACGCACAACACUUUAAAAUUGCUCAUUUGCUAAGAAAAACAUUCAACUUGUAUCAUUCGCCAUCCACCUUAUAGUUAUAUACUACUCUGUGUUGGUCCCAUUACCAUAAAUGACAUUUUGUGUUUGUGAUGCGACAGUGUGUUGGUGUGGAAAAGUGUAAGGGGUGUGAGUUCUUUUAAAAGACCCUGAAGACCGGAGGGGAAGGGACAAGUUUGAGCAGAAUGUUUAAUGCUUCCAUUUGCCAAAAAUGUCACUUUAAUGGCAUCAGUUAAUGGUAACAGGCCCUGACUACACUUUGUGUUUUUGAGGUAAUAAUGUGUGGGCUAAAGUUAGACUAGAAGCUAUCAUCAAUUUCUCCCCGACAAGUAAUACAUUGUUUCUGAUUGUUAGGAGUUAUUUAUGCACACUGCUGGGUUUUAACAGCUGAUUCAUGAAUCAGUGGUCUGUUAUGUGUUUUCCUUUUGAAAAGUGUGUCUAUUAAAUCAAAUAUAAAUUUUUUUUGCACCUAUAUUUCUAAAGGUUGAAUCUUCCUUGCAAAAUUUUGAACCAAAUUUGGGACAGAACAAAUUUGGCUCUUGAGUCUUUUGUCCUUGACUUCAGGAAGUAAAAACAGUAUGUUUCCUUUCAUUACAACACCAACUGGAGUAAAGAAAGAUGAUAAACACACUGUCACCUUAUGGAUAUAUUUUUUUGGAAGAAAUAAAAAAAAUCUUAUAACAUUUUUUAGAAGUAUUAACAUUGUUUCUAAGGAUAUUGAUUACACAUUGUAUUGAUUUAUGUUACAAAGAGGCAGUACAUUAGACCAGGCUGCGGUCUGAAAGAAAAACAACCUCUUAUAGUGAUAUCUCAACGUCCGUAGAUCUAAUUUGUCCCUUUAUGGGGUGAAUUAUAAUUAAUCUUUGCUGCAGUUCACUUUGCAACACUGCAUACUGAGUUCCUUUGCUUUUUUAAAAUUAAUUUGGGAAUUGUUAAGAGAUGACAGCUGAUCAUGAACGCAUUCCUUCAGUAGCAGCACCAUAUGGUAGUUUUUGUUGCUUUUUUAAAAAUUGUACUUUCCCACACUGACUGUAAUUUUGAGGUCACAGUUUGGAUGUACCCGAUUGUUUUUAUAUUUUUCUUUUUUCUAAGUCAUGAUGUUACAAAGCACUGAUGUAAUAAUCCUGCAGUGCACUGCUGAGUUCAUAAUGAGUUCUCGUUGCCUCACUUGGAUGUUUAGCUUUUUAAUAACAAGAAAAAUAUUGAUUUCUAUUAUCAGUCCUUUUUUCUAGCUAGCUUGAGGUUUGUGUUUUAUGCUUCCAACAAAUGUAACGCACACCUGGUACUUUGAUAAUAUCUUUAGUCAAUUCACAAAAUUGUUCUCUUUUCAAACAAUGUGCCAACAGCUUUAAGUGUUUCAGGGUUUAUUAUCUUGCUUUCUUUGUUUGAUGGGCUCAGUUUCACUUUAAGCUUCAACACUUGUUCUUUUUUCUCUGACUUCGACUCCAACUCUAUGCGGUUGUAACAUGUGAAAUAAAGACCACAAUUACAGUAAAAUGA